CGAUUUCACUUCGAUUUCCCCGCCCGACCAUCCGCUUCCCGGUACCUGGGUUCGCACUUCCCAGACCCAACACUCGUAUUCCAUCCCGUGAACUCACGCCCCUUGUUUUCGUGCCCAGCCUGCAGCUCAGGCGUCCCCGAUGCCCCAUGCGAGUCCGGUCUUUUCGCGCCUCGCAAAUAUGCGCAAACAACAUGAGCUACCGCGUCCCGACUGAUGAUCACCACGGACGCUGCAAAGCGCGCGCGGCGGUCGCGGCUGCUGUCACUGUCAUCGUCCACCGUCCGCGCCGCUGCCCUCCGUCCCCGCCCCCGCGCCCGUCUCCCCCUCCGCGGCCCGCCAGAUCCCCAGUUCGCUUCUUCUGCGAAGCGCCCUCUAGCCUCACCCCGUCUUCCAGCGAACUUCCAUGCACCUAUCCGACAGCGCCUUCGCUGAUCACGUUCCCACUAGUAAACACCCGGGACACUCCCGCCCCCGCGAGGCGCAGCCCAAGUGCGCACGCACCCCGACCCUGCGUCGCGCGCCCCCAGUGACCCUGCAACUCUUCCAUUCAUGUCUGUGCUGCACUUCGAGCCACUCCACCACAAAAGCACAUCGCCAUAU